AGUCCAGACUUCCAGGCCCAAGCCAGCGUUCGCCGUCGGAGGAUGACGAAAAAAGAAAACAAGGGUGUGACCGGAGCAUUGAAGGCAACGCCAGCACGACGACGACGUGUUUGCGUUUAGGCGAGUACCGCACGGUUUCUCCUGGUCGGUUGUGUUGCCUUGGGACGUUGGGACGCAAAACGUGCAAACGCACGUACGAAUUCGUGACACGAUCGUCGAUUGGGCACGUACGUGCGCGGUGUGCUGUAGUGAAAGUAGGGCAGAGCGUGCAGUCCCCGAACAGUGCUGUGUUGCGUUCAACUCAGCAGAAAAAAGGGGUGUGAUUUGUGAACCAGAACCUUGUAGAAAACGCGCCCGGUGAAAAUCCUGCAGGAGUGUUUUUUUUAUCCAGAACUCCAAUCAAAAUUGAAAUUAAAGUUAAUUCGUGUGCAACAAAAAACGUGACAGAACAGCACGAAUCCCGUGCGUUGCUCACUGCGCCCUAUUUCGCAGCCGUGCAAAAGGGAGCAGAACGGCAGGAAGGGACAGAAGUGAAGAAGCAAAAAAAGGACGCUCUGCUCACUCUCGUUCGUUCGCUGUCUCGCACAGACGCGCCUCGGGUGCGCACAACAAAGAGCCUGGGUGCGUGUGCGCGCGUGUUUAUCCUUGUGUACGUGUACCGUGAGUGUGUGUGAUAGCACAGAAUUUGCGUUUUUGUCCUACAGGAGUAGAAGAAAUAUACAAGAAAAAAAAAAAUACAUACACCGUCACCUCCCUGCUAGACCCUAGCGAGUAAGUCCCGGUGAUUCAUCCGUCAAAGCUGUGGGCGAUGGCGCACGAAGGCUGCUGAGACCCCGUGGGGGCGACAACCUUUUUUUACGGCGAUGCAGUCGACGGGCAACGGCAACGGUGGUUGGCACGGCACGCAAUGCCAGUGAGCCGUCAUCGCACGAGAAGCAGCAGAGCCUUGUACCGUCGUCGGGUGUGGGUGUGCAGCCCGUACAGCCAUUCCCAGUGGCCGAGCAUCUGGGCGACAACCCGCGGCGCGGAACCAACUUCCCCGGAGGGUCGUCGGGGCAAACAUCUGCCCGGCAGCCCGCGUGGACAUUGAAGAUCCUGAGUAGCAGCAGCGCAGGAGGGCCUCCGCUUAUCGCCAUCUCACACAGACACAGUGAGAGAAGAGUGUCGUUUGUGUGUAUGUGUAUGUGUGCCGAAGUAAUGGCACUGCAGUGAUAACUUCAAAAGCCGAAAAGCUGGCAAGCGAGAACAUCUUAAAAGCGUUCCCAGACAAUAGAGGCACAGACACAGGGAGUUAGGUUUUGCUCAAGAGCAGCCUCUUCAGCGUUCGAUACCGUCGCCUGGCACGUCUUGCAGACCAGGCACCCAGCGAUCCCAGGGAUUUGGUGACGCACUGUCUCCUCCCUGGUGCGUCAUCGGGAAGACAUCCGCUCAGCUCAGGUCGCUCUCCGCGGUACAGGAAAACGUCGUGGUACCUCCCCCGCGAGUCCUGGCUGCUUCAAAAACAACAAAAAAAAACGGAAGUGAACUCCCGUAGUGUCUCCGUAGUGCGCUCCCGAACCAAAGGUGGCCGUGCGGUGUUGUGCUCGCGUCCAUCAUCCAUCAGCUCAAACUCCGCACCAUUCAAACUGGGCCAGCGAGGGGACCGCUCCUCUCUCUCUCUUUCUCUUACACACUUUUCCUCCUCACUCUCCCGCACAAAUCCCAUCCCUCCUUCCCCUCUCUCCUACAUCAGCUUCAACCAGCUGCAUUGAAGACGGCCAGCACAGCGCGGUCUGCCCCGGUGUAAAGGGUCGCUAGCGGGCAGCGGAAGCAUUCCUAAACCCCGGCCGCCACCAUGGGCUACCUGGGGAUGGCCGAGGACGACGAUCAAUAUCGGGUGCCGCUGAUAGCGAAGCUGCUGCACGCCCUGCCCCACUACAACAUCACCUUCCACCGGAUCAACAACACAUUUCGCCCAUCAAAUGAUGUCUAUCUCGAGAGCCUCGGAAUCCUCGGCUCGAUACCGGCCGCCCUGCUGAUAGUGUCGCUGUUCGGGCUGCUGCUCUACCUGCUGACGCGCUGCUGCGACCGGAAGCCCCGGCCGGCCCACUCGAUCACCAGCCUCAAGGUGACGCUCUCGAUCGUUACCGUGCUGUGCUGUGCCGCGAUCGGGCUCGGCCUGUACGGCAACGAUGACCUGCACAACGGGCUGCUCGAGGUGCUGCAGGCCGGCCGGAAGGUGGACGGCGUAGUUUCGUCCGUGCGCAACCAAACCUUCAUCCUCGAGAACACACUCACGAUGAAGAUCCAGCAGCAGCUGACCGAGCUGGAGGACAUCUUCGACCAGAAGACGAACAACCAGACCGCCCUGGCGCAGCUGCAGCAGGCGCUGCUGACCGCGAAGGGCAACAUUACGAUCGCAAAGAACGCGGCUAACGACAUCCGGCGCCCGCUGGUGGGCCUGACCAUCACCGACUUCCUCACGAAAGGAGACCAGUGGGAGUUGAUACGCUGGCCCGGCACGGUCGCCAUACUGGCGCUGCUGCUCGUCCUGUGCGCGGUGCUGCUGGUCGGCGUGGCGCGCCACUCGCGCUGCGCCCUCAUCCUGUUCAGCGUGUGCGGGCUGCUGGCCGUGACCGGCUCGUGGCUCAUGUCCGGCCUGUACCUCUCGACCUCGGUGGCCGUCGGCGACCUGUGCAACGAUCCGGCCGACUUUCUCGUGCACCAGGCGCCGCACGAGCUGCCGGCCGACAUCCUGCUCUACUACACGCAGUGCGAUAUCUCCCGCUCGAACCCGUUCACCCAGCGGCUGCGCGAGUCGCAGAACGCGAUCAACAAUGCGCGCAACGCGAUGAGCACCGUGUCCAAAAUCUCGCCCGUACUGUUCAAGAACGCCGGCCUAGCGCCCAAGCUUGGGUCGGUCAACGCGGACAUUAAGCUGUGCGAGCGUCUGCUGACCGGGCUGACCGCGCUGGUUGACUGCCGCGCCGUCCACUACAGCUACCUCGUGGCGACCCGCGGCCUGUGCGAGUGUGGCCUGCUCGGGCUGGUGCUGAUGCUGAUCGCCAGCUUCAUGGCGGCCAUCCUGCUCACCAUCAUGGUGUGGGUCGACUCGCAUACGUGGAUCUACAUCCGCAAGAGAAAUGAUUAUGCGCAGGUCGAGGAGCAGUCGUACGUAUCACACCAAUUGCAUCCACAGAGCCAUCCAAACAUGAACACUCGCACACUCCCACAUCAUCCCAAGGGCCCGCCGGUCAUCAGCGGGUCGCACACGAUCGCGCAUCCGGGCCGCAGCGCCAAGCACGACCUGGGCCAGAUGCAGCAGCAGGCGCAGCAGCAGGCCCAGCAGCAGGCGCAGCAGCAGCUGCACCACCAGCAGGCCCACGCCCAGGCGGCGCAGCAGGCGGCCCAGGCCCAGGCCCACAUGAUGCACCAUCACCAGGCGAUGAUGCGGGCCGGCGGCACCCACACGCUCGGCCGGCUGCCGUCCCACAGCAGCCCGACCCACCUGCACGGCCCGAACAACGGCAAGUACGCCACCCUCAGUAAGCACUGCAAGACGCUCGACGCGAACGACUUCUACUGAAGUUACGCCGCCUGUAACGAUAGAAAGUUCCAUCCACCCGCCAUGCACCCGCAGCAGCACUAUCACGCCCACAGCCACCCGCCGCAGCAGCAGCAGUUGCAGAUGCAGCAGCUCCAGCAGCAGCGCGCGAUGCUGGAUCCGGCGACGGCGGCCGCCGCCGCCGCCCACCAUCUCCAUCUGCACCAGCAGCAGCAGCAGCAGCACGCCGGUGGCCACGCUCAUCCCGCCCAGACGAUGACGAUCAACCGCAAGCUGCACGGGGCGGCAGGGGUCCCGGGGGCCCACCCGACGCUGCCCCCGGUCUACGGCGAUGACACGCCGCCCCCGCUGCCACCGCUGCGCAACCCGCAGAAGGCGCUACUGCCCCAGCCGGUGGCGACCGUCGCGGGCAGUGACGCCUGCACGACCGACCCCGGGGCCGGCACCGACAAGCAGAUCUACAUCUACUCGACCGCCAAGUACGGGCGGUACGAUCCGAACGGCAAAACGGCAUCGCAGCAGCAGCAGCAGCCGCAGCAGCAGCAACCGCAUCCAGCCCCCGGCAAGGGUGUGGAGGGCGGCCCGGCCGACAAGGGCAGCGCUGGCGGCAAGAACCCCAACACCACCACGUUCAGCUCGACGCCCGGCUACAGCAGCAAGCCGCUGCCGUCGAUCAUCAACUGCCCCCUGCCGGACAUACCGAAGGGGGUGGCGGGCGCUGCGCCCACCAGCAAGGACGACAUCUACGUCAAGCGCAAGCUGCUGACGGACCACCCGAACGGCAGCAAGUUUGCCACGCUCAAGCCGAUCCCGGCGCCCAAGAUUGAGCCGAACGGGCUGAACGGCAAGCACACCGGGGCCGACCUGGCCGCCCAGCAGCUGCCGCCGCCGCCGCCGCCUCCCCUACCCUUACCGGUGACGGGCGGGUCGUCCGGUUCGUCGGGCGGCUCCUCGUCCGGGUACGGCACGGCCGGGCUGACCACCUCGCAGAUCCAGUCGCUGCCACUGCCCCCGCCGCCGCUCGAGCUGCAGAGCGACCCGGACGAUCCGGGGCUGCGGUUGCCACCGCCACCGACGAGCGAGGAGCUGCUGGAGAGUGGGGCGGCCGGCCAGCCGAACGGGGACGGCGUCCCGAACGGGGCCGACACCUCGGCCCUGGCGGAGAAGCCAGGGCAUGACGAGAACAGCUUCUACGCGGUGACCGAGCUGUAAAGCGGCUGAAGUGCAACAAACAAGAAAAAAACGUGGAACAAAACAAGGAUGGAACUCUUUAGGGUCUUCACUGCCCGAUUGUGCCCUUGGGCGGGAUGCCAAUCGGUGGGCAAACGAACAACACAGCAAGACACCUACUAUUGUUACAGGCAAAUACACACGACCACACAGGACGAAAAAAACGGAAACGAACACAAUAAUCGACCGGAAAGCGAUGCGGCAGUAAACGAAACCGAACAAAUGCUAAUCGUAAAUAUAUAUAGAAACACACACAAACACACACACACAGGCAGACACACCCACACACACACAUACACAUAUACACCUUAGCGCUGUAGGAAAAUUGUAAGAGAGGGUCGGUUACUAGUGCGGUAAGGAGAAUACUAAAGGUUAAAACAAUUCUUACAAUUAGAUGCUAAUGCUAGUGUUUUUGGGGAAGGUGGGGGGAAGCGCAGGGCAUGGUGCCCUUUGCGAACCCGUGCGAAUCGUGUACAGAGCGGUCGUGGGAUCCAUCGUGUCAGCGGUAGGCUGUGGAGCGUGGUUUUGUUGGCGGGUAAGGGCAACACUUGGUUCGUGAAGGAUUUUUGCGCCAAACUUACGCCUAAUUUUGGUGCCAUUUUUUGUUUCUUUUUCUUCUGCUGCACGGCUUAAAUCCCAUUCGUUUAGGAUUUUUUUUUCAGAAAGAAGUUACCAAUUUCCGUGUUGCAAAAAAAAAAUUGCUUCCGUAAGUUCAAUUAAAGCAGCAAACAAUAUUGAUGCUUACUAAAAGAUCUGUUCAACUUGCUGUAACAGUGCUCGAGCAAGCCAUAACGGAAGGGUUUUGUUGUGCAGAUCGCAUACUUUUGGGCGCAUUGUUUUCCGCAACUACGCCUCGAAGUAUGCAAAAGUGUCGUUUGUGUCGUUGAGUUCAGUUUGUUUCGUAGUUUGGCUUGUUUUUAUCUUCUUUUCCGGUUUCCGGUGAAACAUGGAGACAAAGUUAUAGGAAAGGUCCUUCACCGCAGCACGCUGACACGCGGCCAAAAACUAAAAACAAAAUAGUCGAAUUCAUGUAGCGAAGCGCAAAAACACUCGUAACACACUUAUCGUACACAUUACCGUAAACUACUACACUACCCAGUAAGGAUUAGGGAUAUUUUGCCGAAUGAGGCGGACGAGAUACCGGGAGGAAGGCAAAAAAAGAAGAAACACGCAAACACACACAUUAACACAGGAAUUGGAGUGACUGUGGCGCGAGUCGACCGGGCAGGAAUUGUAUGCAAAUUAUGAAUUAAAAGGAUUGACAAGUAUCAAACACGCGGCAACUGGGCAUUACUACAACACACACCCGGGCUUGCUCUGUGUCAUGGGGCGAUCGUUCCCGUCUUAAGGAAGGAUAGUUUUAUAGAGAUAUACAAGCAUAUUAGUGGUAGAAACGGUACGGUGGCGGCUUUCGUUCGAAUGAUUCCCUUCCCUUUUGCUAGCAAGUUACGUUGUGGUCCUGCCCGUACCCGGGACUUGGUGUGAGAGGUGCAAAGAGUGAGGGUGUCUGUUCUUGUUUUUUUGUCGUUGUUUUUUCGUUUUUUACAUCUUUCAACUCACCUGCUCAGUUUGUACGUCAUAGCUUAAAGAGGGGAGUUACCGAGGAAGUUACCGGGGCACGAGGGAUGUACGUGUAUAUGUAGGCGCUGUAAGUUAACAGACCCCCAUCCUCCCCCACCCCCCCCACAGGGCAGACACGGAGCUUGGGAGCACAGAACGGCGACCGAUAGGCAACGAUUUUACAAUCACUCGCAACCCAAUUCGUCGUAUCAACAGCAGCAUUCUCGCCUGGCUGGCUGGAUGCGUACCUAGCCUAAUUGCAAACUGCAAACUAUUGUUUGAACGACAGUGUCAGUCACGCUGUUACCCGAAACGGCUCAAAGUGUGUCUCUUUACACGCAGAUACGCAAAGAAAAACAACAACCGCAACGCUGUUCGGUGUACUACUGGCACUUUACUAACCAAAACACACACACAUACACACAACUCGAGUACGUGCGUACAGCACGAAAUAAACCAACGGCAGCACUUACGCGUAAAUCAACGGAAAUACUAAAUCAGGUGACGGUUACCUCGAAUUUUCGACAGCAGGCAGAAGUUCGGAAAAGGUUCGGCGAUUGUGCACGGUACCUUCAACUCUUUUGUACGGCGCACACACACACACACACUCUCUCUGCCUCUAGCAGAUUACUUUUAUUGCGGUACAGUCUUUCCUCGAGUUACACAACCUUUUAAUUGUGACAGUUGAUAUUAGUGAUGUGCUCUCUGGAGCACAUCCACGACUUCGAUCCGACUGCGACUCUUGUUAGUACGAUUCCACUAGUUGGAAAAAUGGGAUCCACUGGUUCCGUCCGGAAUCGUCCGUAGUCGUUCGAAGUCGUCCGUAGUCGUCUGGAGUCGUCCGGAGUUGUCGAGAGUCAGCCAAAGUUGGCCAGAAUCGUUCGAAAUCGUCCGGUGUCGUCCGGAGUCGACUGGAAUCAGAGUCGGUCGGUUCAACAGGAGCCGUCCGGUGCAAUGUGCUUGUGAACAGGCAUUUCAUUUCGUUGUGUUUUUUCGUCUUUCACCUUGCGCGUGUUUCGUAGCCCUUUGUUUCGUAGGCCCACUCCGGCCGACUCCGGACGACCCCAGACGACUCAGGACGACACUUGGCGAUUCCGACCGACUUCGGAUAAUGCUGGAGAGAUCUACCUUCCGGAGUUGGUUCCUUAAUUAUCGGAGUCGGAUUGGAUUUGACUCCGGAUUGUUGCCAAUUUUAUCCAUCACUAGUUCAUAUGCCAAAUCAGUACAAUUUUCUCCAACAAUAGUGAAAUGCAAAAUAAAUUGCAUUAUUGUUGAAAGUUUGAAUAAUCGAACAGAAAUAAUCGAAUUUUCUGUACGAUGUGUAUAGAAUUUGUAAUUAAGUGCAUCAACGUACUAAUUGAAUUGAAUUGAAUUGUAUUUAAUUGAAAAUAACCUUUUAUCAACAAUAUUUUGGCCGAACUACGUGAUAUUUGAGUAGCACAAAUGUCUCCAGCACGCAUUAUUCGUGUAACUCGGGGAAAGACAGUACUGUUUACCUCUUUCCGCUCUUGCGUGCUCUAAGUACACUAGAUCGAGCGGUAGUAGCUGUUACCUAGUACACUGGCCAUCACUGGCUGGUGUACGGCACGCGUGAUGUACGGCAAACUUCACUGCCGGAUGUGCAUGUGUGUUCUAUUGGAUGGUGGGGAAAGGCAGGAGACGAAAAGGAACGACCAACGAAAUACUGGCCGGUAGAUUAAAAUGCAAUUAAAAGACACUCACACUACUUACUUUUUAACGAACCUACCAAAAACAAAACAAAAAUGGUAGAAAAAAGGCUGAUAAACGAACAAACACAACAAAAACAACAAAGUAAUGGAAACUUUAAUUGCUCAACAUCGACCACGGAUGGAGAAAAGAUGGGCUAGUUGCAUUUUUAUUCACCCUGAUGAAGGUGGAGGUGGCCACGGAAAUGGGCCAGGGAAACAAUCAAGCUACAACAAGUGCACAAUUUUACACCUCGAACAAAUCUACACCUUCGCAGCAUACACACAUCCUCUUCAUCAUCAUCAUCAUCUGCUCUUUCAUUCAACCCUUGAAGGUGGUUGACUGUCAAGGUGAGGAGUACGCUUCGGACUGCUACUCGAUGAUAAGUGUGCGGAUGUGGUGGGUAGUAAGUGUCGCCAAGGCAAUUGGAUGGCAGGGAACACAUACAUAGAGACAUACAUGCACACACAGACACUCAAACAGGCAGUAAACUGAAACAAUCGCUACUCUUAGUAUCCCACAGACUGUUGUCAGUAGGGCAGGUCGUGCGGGCUCUUGUGUGUUUUUUAACAGAUUUAUUUAGACAAAAAUCGGAUUUCUGUACGUGAAAGUAUAUGUGAUGUUAGGCUAUACUAUCUUGCAAUGUUUUUUGUUUGUUUUUUAAUUCACAUGUUCCAAUCAUUAAUUAACUAAGCUCGCUUAAAGAUCACUGCACUCGGAACUCGAUGAAAUGCCAAGAUUUCAUGUAAGAAAUAAUUCAGGUGGGACUUUUCUUUCUGUUGAGGCGUACAUUUGUAGUAUACAACCAAAAACAAAAAUUAACAACAACAAAAAAAAACAUACACGAACGGAAAUGCAAAGUAAAAAAAAGAAAUUAACAUAAUUUAUAGCCUCGGAGAGGACAGCAAUAUUGCUUACUCCCCUAUCUCAUAUUGCUGUGCUGUAUUCCAACGUGUCUCGUUUGGUAAAAUAUUUCCUUACUGCGUUAUCUCCGUUUGUGGACCGCCCCUGUAUUGUAGUUGAGAAAGGAACAGGCAAGCAUGUAAAUUUAAACUUAGACGAAACUGGGAGGGCGGGAUAAGAGGGCAGCAAAAACACAUACAAACACAUACAGUAAGCAUGAAAAGGGAUGUAUGAGAUGAGGUCAUACACACAUUACAUCAAACAGCAUUAGAACAUGGAAGAAGUCACACUCAUUGGACAAGCCCGGUUCCCCAACCAUUAUCGUCAAUCAGCGAAUUACAAAAGUUCGUUUCAUUUCCUCGCCCCACGUUGAGGAAGGAAGCGACUUACAGUAAAGCAAAAAACAAACAGCAUUUUUUCAUCUUUAAUAUACAUAGAUAUAAAAUAACGUAUAUAAAUAUAUACUAUAUAAAAAUAAAAUAACAUCACAAGCUGGACAUGACAUUUCCUGUUGAAAGAAAACAACAGUGGAUGAGAAAAUGUAGCAAAACGCAUUCCUACACACACAAAGCGGAAGCUACGGAUUAGUAAAAAUUUACAUAACAGACAUACUUCUGAACGUAUGUUUGUAGGCAUGGGCGGGAGCAGAUACAGAAAAGAGAUAACAAACGAAUUGAUAAGAAGGAGGAUAACACAUCAAUGCGUUCUUUGGAACCCUCUCAGUAACCCUAUUAGUGAAAACGCGAAUUGAAGCGUAAAGGUGUAUUCUCGCAAAACAUGUAUUAUUUCUAGUAGAUCGUCCAGCAAAUCCGAUACCAAUGCUGAACGCAUAUAUUCGUUGCUCUAACAGCAGAAGAAAUUUUUCUCAUACUGCAGGAGAAUAAAUUGAAAUAAAUUCAAAAAAAGAAAACAAAAAACAAAAACUUAACAAAAAACCCAACAGGCAGAGAAAAAUCUACAAUUUGACUGAAAUAGAACAGCGAGAAAACAGUGAAACCAUUCAUAUAAAGUAGCAAAACAUAUUGGUGAACACUGCACAUCGAACAGACCAUGAAAAUAAAACCAGAACACUCUCCCACUAACUCACAUACGCUCGAAAACGCAUACACGCAUUUUCCGACAAGGAAGUCAAUAAAGAACAGUUGAUUGUACCAAGGAUAAAGUGGAAGAGGGCAGGGUAACUAGAAAGACCGGAACAGUACUACGGCAACUAAUCAAUAACUAAGAAGAAACAAUACGAAACCCCAUGUGAACAUUGCUGAAAGGAAAGACAAACCAUUAGCUUCUCUGGAAAAGUGUGAGGAAAUGGUAUAAUGAUUUAAAAUAAAAAACGAAAACUAAAUACAACACCGUG